AUGGAGUUGCAGAGCAGCAAAGACAAAGUACUCGUCACCCAUCUGAGGUCUGUAUGUGUCCAUCUGGAAAAGACAUUGGGACAACAGGUUGUAGGGGCAACUGGAGGCUCUAUCACCCUCUUGAAAUGCCUCACAGACCUGGUGGUGUCUGUGACAGGCCCUCUCCUGAGCCUAAUCAGAACCACAAAGCUUACUGGGACUAUCCUUAAACUGGAGUACACUCAUUGCAGCACAUACACUGAACAUUUAAACAGCAUGAUGAUGAUACCACUGCAAACAAAUUUGACAGACUUGCCAGUGUCAGAACCCAGCUCAUCACUGUCACAGCCUGAUAGGGAUAUGACUCAGUGUUCCAUAUUAUGCAUAGACAGAGAUAAACAUGAUCGUCCAUCCAGCUGUGAUGGCUGCAAGGGUUUCUUCAGGAGGAGCAUUCGCAACAGCUACACUUACAGCUGUGAGUUCCAGUAUAGAUCCUCCUCAAUAAAACAGAUCACUGCUCAGAAUGAGAGAGACCACAGUCACAGAGCCAAGAGCCAGACAGUGGGCACUCUGUCCAUCAGUGUGCUUCUGCGGGCAGAGGCCAGUGUGCUACAGUUCCCAGCUCUGGUCUCACCUGGGAGUCAUGACAUCAACACCAGAAAGACAGCGUGGAAUGUGUUCAAGUCCAUGAAGCAGCAACUCCUCCUGCUGGCAGAAUGGGCAAAACACAUCCCAAAGUUUUGUAGCAUCUCGGUAGAUGACAGGGUAACUAUGUUAUGAACCCACUCUGCAGAACACCUUAUCCUCUGACUUAUCCUAGGGGCAGCAAGACACUCUUUGCCUUAUUACAACUUCAUUCUGCUAGGUAAUGACUUUGUGAGAAGUGGAGAUACAGUAGAUGUGUCCAGAGUAGCUUUCAGAAUCCAAGAGGGGUUGGUCAAACCUCUCAGAAAGCUGGACAUCACAGACAAAGAGUUUACUCACCUCAGAACCAUUGUUUUCUUUGCCCCAGACUGUUGGAGUUUGGAGAGUCCUCAGAUGGUUCGACAUCUGCGUUUUCAGGCCCAUCUGCUGCUACAACAAGCAACCUGGCAGGGGAGGUUUGGGGAGCUCCUGCUGAUCCUUUCACCCCUGCAUGUGGCCUGGCAAAUGGUAGAGACUCUCCACUUAGCACAGCUGCUGGGCGAAAGCAGAAUGGACAACAUGCUGCAGGGGAUGCUGCUGGGGGAGGGAGCCAAAACAGGACAGGGAUUGUGUACAGGUAGGGGACACUUUGAACAUUCUAAAAACGUCACCUCCUUCAUCUCUCAUGUUUCAACACCUCUUUCAAGUGGCUUCCUUGCUGCCCCCACAGACUGGCACUGA